AUACCUGCCUACCAUGUUAUUACACCUCACUCUCUCUCUCUCGCCUACUGCUACCUAUCUGCUACCGUCCUCGUCUUGUGCCCUGAAGAUUGGAUCCGUCGUUGACUCUCUCUUUGAACAGCUGCUUCCUCCUGAAACAGGCAAGAAUAUAUCAAAGCCUCUUCGGUGCUUUCACAAAGCACAGUCAUCUAGAAGCAGUGACACUAGAGUUGUCGAAGCCAAGUGCUAGCUAGUCUCAUAUCAGAGCCUUCUCAACGAAGUAUUUCACAUCUAUCCGGUGUCUCGGGCUCUAUUUAGACCAUUUCUGUGACGUCUUUCUCUCGGACUCACGUGCUCCGCAGCCAGACGCGGGUCUGUAUGAUCAACCGCAAUGGCCACUGAAGCUCACUGUGCGUAUUGCUUCGAGAGUCUCUUGGCGAGUCUCGAAAAGAGACCUGCCCUUAGCCUGAACGAGGUUGAAUCACUAUGGGCUAAGUUCAAGGGCUCGGACACGGGUGACAACUUGGCUGAAGCCUCGGAUGAGCUACGCUCGCCAGCUAUGAACAGACUUCUAGCACCAAGCCCAGCAAGUACAUCGUCAUCCUCUGUGUCGUCCACUUCAGCUUCGACUCCGUUGUCGACCGAGGAGUCUUCAAAGUCCUCUUCCAGAUCAUCACUGUCUUCCAGCAUCAAGAAGACUGAGCAUGAGGAGUUCCCCUUGUUCGUGACUUGGAACACGAUCAGUCGCUCAGGACACAAGAACCUUCGAGGCUGCAUCGGGACCUUCGAGGCACAGGCACUAGACGACGGUUUGCGUAGCUACGCUCUGACAUCCGCCUUCGAAGACACUCGCUUCAACCCAAUCUCCCUCCGCGAAGCCCCAAGCCUUGAAUGCGGCGUGACGCUGCUCACCGACUUCCUCCCCGCCUCCGAUCCCAUGGCCUGGGAGAUCGGCAAGCAUGGCCUGCGCAUCUCGUUUACGUACAACGGGCGGCGCUACGGCUCGACGUAUUUGCCAGACGUGGCGCGCGAGCAGGGCUGGACCAAAGAGGAGACGUUGGUCAGCCUGAUGCGCAAGGCGGGCUGGAACGGGCGCAAGGAUGAGUGGCGCAAGGUAAGUGACCUUAAUGUUGUGACGUACCAGGGAGAUCGCGUCGUGCUGGGGUAUUCUGCAUGGCAGGAAUGGCGGGACUGGGUUGAUGGCAGCAAUGAGGGGAGAUAGACUGCUCAUGGCAUACUGCUUCGCCCAUAGUGCGGGCUUAUGCAUGAUGAAUAGACCGUUUUCUUACUUCCUGUCCUGUUCGCUUGCACAUGCAAGAUGAAAUCGUCAGUACGGAUUCACAAGUCAAGCCUUGACACUGAAGAACUAGGACAUCAUUCAAUCUUUAAUCCUACAAUUCCCAAUCUCACCUCUGCUCGCUCUC